AAACAAAAAACAUGGCGAUGCGAGAGGAUAGCCUGCUGGAUAGUCCGGUAUCUUAUAACAGUUUCCAACGAUCAAUUCCUCUCAGGGCAUCUAAAAUUAACAUAGGGCCAUUUAGGGCUACUCAGAUAUGGAAUGAAAUUAUCGACCACUUAAAGAUUCACGUUGAGGUUAAGCGACGUCGCUACAAAAUGAAGACGUAUGACAACACCUUCUCUGGGGCUCACGCUGUAGAUGUCGUCAUGACUUACCUCCUCAGCGAGAAAAACACAUUUAGUACAGACUUGUCCAGAGACAAAGCUGUCAAGCUCUGCCAGUCUUUGAUGGACCGACAGGUUUUCUGCUCAAUCAGUAACCGUACAAGUGAGAUCAAGAAAACGUUUGAUGAUAGCCACAACAAGCUGUACAGAUUUGUAGGCCUGGAUCUUCCAGAGAACCAUGAAAACUCAAACUCAACCAUCAUAGAGACCAGCUCAUCAGAUGAAGAACAUGAUUAUUCUAUCAUGGAGGAUUGCCGUGGCAACCAGUCCAUUAGACUGAAUCCAGAAGUGGACCAGGAAGGGAAUUUGGAUGACAGCGUCAUCUGUAACCCUAUUGCUGUAAACAAGAAAGGACAAGUGCUACAGGAGAUUAUCUCCCUUCAUCAGUCCUUUACCCGCCGCAGAAGCCGCAGCUCACUCAAGUCAGACACCUCCAUCAUGUCUAGAAAUAGCUGCAGGGACUCAACGCUUACUCCAGAAGUAAUGGAGUCUCUUUGGAGAGAGGUUGCCCUGUGUCAGCUUCUAACCACUGUAGAGAUCCCCUUUCUGGAGGGUUUGUUAUCAGACCAGAAAUCCAGUAAGAAGACGGUCAAACAGAACAUGAUCACCAACUCUGUCUCCAAACAUUACAACAGUGUGGGCAUCAACAACAUUACAGAUCCCUUCAUGCGAACAGCCCUCAACUGCAUCGAGUGUCUUCCCAAAGGUUUACUAGUGCUAGAAAAAGACUUUGUCAGGGGACAGAACCCUGCAGCCAAGAUCCAAGCAUUCCAUGUCCUCAGCGGACACUACAAAUCUCAGGCAAAUUCUCUGAUGCCAGAAAAUUUUAUUGAAGUUCACCUGGCCAUUUUGAAUUUCAUCAUCCAACAGAAGCAUGAGAUGGCUAUAGAAGCUCUUCAGUUAGAUCUGAUCAUUCUACCGUGGCAUAUUAGAGAGGAACUGCGACGUCUGCUCAAGUUUAUGACAGCGUGUGCUGAGAUGACAGAUUUCUCUGUUGAUUCUAAGGUGAACAAUGAGACACUGGCAUUAGACACUUUCACAGACUGCAUCAUUCAACACAAAGUGCUGGCUCACAAACUCGCCAGAGUUCUGGUCCUCUUCCUGAUGAAGAAUCUCAAAAGGAUCUUUACUGUUCCCAAGGAGAUUAAGGAUCGAGUUGUCACUCGUAUGAAUGAUCUGAAGACAGGAGAAGUGUCCCCUGUUAGAGAUAAUGCCUACUGCAGCCAAGUCACAACAGAUGAAUAUCAAAAACAGGCCACUGAGUGUACAAACACAGCUCUGGUCUCCAUGAUGAAUGGAAUCCUUGACAACACGAAUUUUACCCUCAAAGAAAAGAAGCAGCGCUUGCGACAGUUCCAGAAAUGUCAUCCCGAGCUGUAUGCCAAACAUUUCAUUGGAAUGUUGUAAAUCGGUUAAAGAAUGGUGCUAUAUAAAUCUUUAUCACAACGAAUGCUUCCACAAUGCAGGGUUCAUUGUCUCUAGUGCAAUUUAUUUAUUACAUGUGAUAUUGUAUAUAUAUUUGUAUAAAGCAAGCAGUAUUUAUAUUUACCCCCAAACAUUAUAAUGUCUAAAAAAAAUUACACCAAUUCUUGUUAACUUUACUUCUCUUUUUGAUCUCAAG